ACAAGCCUAGCCUUCCGCCUUGCCUUAGUUCCUUGUGUGCACUGUUAACGUUCCAGCGAGUCAGGCUCGGGAAGUGGCCUGAAAUUCACCCUUUUACGAAGGUUGUGGAUCAAACUAGAAAUAAAUCAUGGCUUUUAGAAUGCCUGCUUGUGUAAUUGAUCCUGGGACAGGAUACACAAAGUUAGGAUAUGCUGGGAACACAGAACCUCAGUAUAUAUUCCCAUCAGCUAUUGCAAUUAAGGAAUCAGCUAAGAUAGGCGACCAAGCAUCUCGGAGGCUCGGGAGAGGUGUUGAGGAUUUGGAUUUCUUCAUUGGAGAUGAGGCCAUUGAUAAACCAAACUAUGCUACCAAGUAUCCUGUCCGCCAUGGAAUCGUUGAAGACUGGGAUCUGAUGGAAAGGUUUCUAGAACAAAGUAUUUUCAAAUACCUGAGGGCGGAGCCAGAAGACCAUUACUUCCUACUUACGGAACCUCCCCUAAACACGCCGGAAAACAGAGAGUACUUAGCCGAGAUCAUGUUUGAAUCGUUCAAUGUUCAGGGACUAUACAUUGCAGUACAAGCUGUGUUAGCCUUAGCAGCAUCCUGGACGUCCAAGCAGCAAGGAGAACGUUCUCUGACCGGUGUGGUAGUGGACAGUGGAGACGGUGUUACUCAUGUUAUACCUGUGGCCGAGGGUUAUGUAAUCGGCAGCUGUAUCAAGCACAUUCCUAUUGCUGGUCGUGAUAUAACCUACUUCAUUCAGCAGCUUCUAAGAGACCGAGAACCAAGCAUUCCUCCUGAACAAUCCUUAGAGACGGCCAAGGCUAUCAAGGAACGUUGGGGAUACGUCUGUCCUGACAUCGCCAAGGAGUUCAACAAGUACGACACGGAUCCAGGAAAGUGGAUUAAGAAGUUUGACGGUGUGAACUCGAUCAACAAACAGCCGUUCAGUGUGGAUGUGGCUUAUGAGAGGUUCCUUGGACCAGAGAUCUUCUUCCAUCCUGAGUUCUCCAACCCUGACUUUACCACUCCCAUCUCAGAGACAGUCGACAUUGUGAUCCAGAAUUGCCCUAUUGAUGUCAGGAGACCCCUCUAUAAGAACAUUGUUCUGUCGGGAGGUUCUACGAUGUUCCGUGACUUUGGUAGGAAGUUGAAGCGUGACGUCCAGAAGGUCGUUGAUAAUCGUCUCAAGUUGAGUGAACAGCUCAGCGGAGGAAGACUCAAGCCCAAGCCUAUUGAGACUCAAGUCAUCACACAUCAUAUGCAGCGAUACGCUGUUUGGUUCGGAGGCAGUAUGUUAGCGUCAACGCCGGAGUUCUACACCGCUUCCCAUACCAAGGCUGAUUAUGAUGAAUAUGGACCAAGCAUCUGCCGCCACAACCCCGUCUUUGGUGCCAUGACAUAGAGGGCGACAAACAGAAAAGUGAUGAAUGAAAUGAUGAGUGGUAGAAAGGAAUAUAUAGAAAAAUUGUAUUGUAAUUGUAGACCAUGGAAUGAUAGAGAAAAAAAAAUCAUCAUCGUUUUCAAAAAUAUAUCAGCAUCAUGUUUGUAUCACAAUCGCUACUUUGAGAGUAUCAUUACUUUCAUAGCUCUGUUUUAAUUAUCACCAUCGUCACCAUUUUGCUUUCCAUUUUUCGAGAAACAGCCCCAUAUUCCUCCAAUAAAUCAAUUUCAGUUUCCAGCAUUUCCAAUAACAAGUAUUGAACAAGGUGCUCUUAUAGUGGUUGAGCAUAAAUGGGGAUGAUAGUGAUAUUGGAUGGCCAAAAUUAGACUAUGAAAAAUGUUGAUGCUGAAGGUAGUGGUUGUGAUGAUGAUUAGUAGAAGGUAACAUUAUUCCAUUUUUCUUAGCCAAGCAUUGAAUUUCCUCCCUCAGGUGGCGACAUAGCAAAAGAAGGAAGCAUUGUAGUGAUAAAAACAAGCGUAUAAUGUAGAUGACAUUCUCACCAACAUAUCUAUCCUUACCAAAAAGAAAAAGAUCAAGAUUAUUAGAAAUUCACCAAAAUUACUGUAAAAUUGUAUUACAUGAGCUUGAAUUGUAAUUAUAAUGUAUGGAUCGGCUUAUAUUUGGAUAUAGAUGUACAUUACGAGCCACUAUGUUUUAUUUCAAAAUAAUCUAUUUACGUGUUUAUCGUACUCUUUAUAUUUUGUUGUAGCGUCUUUGAGAUUAGAUAAUGAUUAUUAUCUAAUCAAAUUGCAUUAUCUUGUAAAAAAUCCAAAUAUUUUGAUUUAUCUUUCUGUACAUGUAAUGAUUUUAUACGAUUUUCUAAUUGGAUAUCCUGUAGAUUUGAAUACAUGAUGUGUAGUGUACGGAGAAUCUUGACUUUCAACGUUUGUUUUGGGGGAUAAAGCUUGUGUACUUAGGUAGCUAUUUAACCUGAAGAUUGUUCAAAUGUAUUUAUUCUUAUUUCAAAAGAGGCACAGCGAUGUAAUCCAGUGUUUAGAAGAUGAUGAAAGAAUGCAGUAUUAUUGUACUGUUUUAUGGUAGUUUUAUAAAAUGUUAUUGUAGUCGAUUUUUCAUCUGAUUUCCAACUCUUGACAAUAGAGGGGGUCAUAAUAGAUAUGAUUCUAUACAGGUUAUGGGGGGGGGGGGUCUUAUUCACAUGUGGCAACCAGUCAUAUUGACCAUUUUUGCCAAAUUAUGAAGUAAUUACACUCAUCUAUCCAUCUAGCUUCUUUUAUAGUCUACAUUUACUCAUUCUUAUAACAGAAGCAAAUGUUAGUCUAGAUAUUAAGAAGGAAAAUUGACCAUUCUACAUUCUACUGAAACUCAAACUUACACUAGAUAGUUUUUUUGUGGAGGGGGGGGGGGAGAAGGGGGAAGGGGUGGAUAUAUAUGUGUUACUAUUGUAGAUUUCCUUGGAAAACACUCCUUCCGUUUCAGUUCAGACGGACUAAACAUUGUUUGGACGGUUCAGACACCCUUGUGGAUUAUUUUAGCUGCAGUUUGAGAAUACAUGUACCUCAUGAGCGAGAAGCUUCCAUAGUAUUUGUUCUUUCCGUUUUACAAUGCAGCUUUUCUUUUAGAUUCCCCGUUCUCUGUAUGAUGAUCUUCAGAAGUGCCUCAUUCGUGAAUGUGGAAGUAGUUUAGAAUGACCAUGGUUUUUUAAUCACAAUCAUGACUGUACAUAAUGUAGUGAUAAGCAGCCACUCCUGAUGAAGUUAUGAUAUAUAGUAUGUCCAUUUAUAUAGCGCAAUACCUUAUGCAUAUACUCUACUACGCUUGAUACUUGGUAUCAUCACCCCGGCUGUAGCUGAGUUGCCAUGUUAGCGCUAUUAAAGCUAGAGGUUCAAGGAAUAAAUCCUACCGUGUUAAGUUAUUGGAAUUACACUCUCUGCAUUUUUCUUUCUGUGCAUUGGAAAUUUUGAAGGAAUGCCAAAUAAUAACCCAACACCUCUUCUUUAGAUCUGCAUAGAUUUUUUUUUUAGUAAGAUUAUUCUGGAAAUGGGUAAUAUAGGAAUGUCUUGGAUUAUUUCAGAACUCUUAUUGGAAUGCUCCCUAGGGAGUGGAGAAAAUGCAUAUUUUGUGUGCAGGCAUGCCAGGAUCCGAUGCCCGAGGUAUUAAUAUAUCUGUAAAGUGCUUAGAGACAUCGUUCUGAUGUAUUACCUGCAACAUAAAAGCGGAAUAUAAUUAUUAUUAUGUGAGACAGAUCUUUAUUUCUUCAUAGAGAAUUACAUCAUCAAAUUCGAUUCCCUAUGCCAAACCAACCAAAUGUUAACCUUUUUCGUGCAAACAUCUUUGUAACUCUGUAAAAUCGAAUAUCCAUCAUGAAAUCACAAGUUUUGUUUGAGCGACAGGAGAGCCUUUCGAAGUAUUUUUAGGCCUAUCCUGCUGGUCACCGUUGCAUGUAUUAUGGUAAAGUAUCCACAAAAUGGGUUUUGAUGCAAAUAAAUAAAUACACUUUUAUUAUGCA